CGGCGAUGACGUAACACUAAACGUGGCACCUGAUUGGCGCUUCGAGUGCUUUGCGUGAUGACGUCAGGUCUUGUUUUGCCUGGCAGACAGGAACGUGUCCACAGAGGAAGGACGGUGGAGCCGCACGUCACAGAUUUAUUCCCAUCAUGGCAUUGAGAGCUGUGGGUCGUCUCCUGGUCAACCCUCCGAGAUGUGUCAUCAUCUCAGCUUCCAGAGCUCAGAACACUGCAGCGCCUGUCAGACAAGAUGCAGAGAAGAUUGAGAAGAAGUCUAAAGCACCGAAGGUCCAGUUCGACUGGCGUGACGGCUUGGACCUGGAGGGUCAGCUGACGGAGGAGGAGAUCAUGAUCAGGGACUCGUUCCGCACCUACUGCCAAGAGAAACUCAUGCCUCGCAUCCUGAUGGCAAACAGGAAUGAAGUUUUCCACAGAGACAUCGUGUCUGAGAUGGGAGAGCUGGGCGUCCUGGGCCCAACCAUUAAAGGUUAUGGCUGCGCUGGGACCAGCUAUGUGGCCUAUGGUUUGAUUGCCAGAGAAGUAGAGCGGGUGGACAGUGGCUAUCGCUCUGUCAUGAGCGUGCAGUCGUCGCUGGUCAUGCACCCCAUCAAUGCCUACGGCACCGAGGAGCAGAAGGAGAAGUACCUCCCCAGGCUGGCUCGUGGAGAGAUCCUCGGUUGCUUCGGCCUGACGGAGCCGAACCACGGCAGUGACCCCAGCGGCAUGGAAACCAGAGCCAAAUACAACCCGACCAGUCGCACCUACUCUGUCAGCGGCUCAAAGACCUGGAUCACCAACUCCCCCGUGGCAGACGUCGCUGUGGUCUGGGCCAAAUGCGAUGAUGGGAAGAUCCGUGGCUUCAUCUUGGAGCGCGGUAUGAAAGGUUUCUCCACUCCCAAGAUCGAGGGAAAGUUCUCCCUGAGAGCCUCGGCCACCGGCAUGAUCGUCAUGGACGAGGUGGAGGUCCCCGAGGAGAACCUGCUCCCCAAAGUGUCCGGCCUCGGGGGACCUUUCGGCUGCCUGAACAACGCCCGGUAUGGGAUCGCCUGGGGGGCGCUGGGUGCUGCAGAGUUCUGCUUCCACGCAGCUCGUCAGUACACACUCGACAGAAUCCAGUUCGGCGUGCCACUGGCGAGGAAUCAGCUGAUGCAGAAGAAAAUGGCCGACAUGCUGACGGAGAUAACCAUCGGCCUCCAGUCUUGUCUGCAGCUGGGGAGACUCAUCGAUGAGAAAAAAGCGGCUCCAGAGAUGAUCUCCAUGCUGAAGAGGAACAGCUGUGGUAAAGCCCUGGACAUCGCCCGGCAGGCCAGAGACAUGCUGGGAGGAAACGGCAUUUCAGACGAGUACCACAUCAUCCGCCACAUGUUGAACCUGGAGGCCGUCAACACGUACGAAGGCACUCAUGAUAUCCACGCGCUGAUCCUGGGUCGAGUCAUCACAGGACUUCAGUCCUUCACUGUGGACAAGUAGAGACAAACUCUGAUCCCAGACUACAGGAGCGUAGUGUCAGAAAUGAGACACAAGCAGUUUUCAGUUAGUUUUGAUCAAGUGUCAUUUAUAGAUAAUGGAAAUGGUUUUUUUUCUCAGGCUUGUGAAUUAUAUAUUGAGUGCUUUUACUUUGAAAGAACGUACCAGUCUGUGAGGGAGCUGAUGAAGUGUAAUUAACUCCGAUGUAGAUUUGUAAAGAGAGAUAUUUUUCUAUAUCUGUCACAACAGUGUUUCUCCAACUCAUCAGGAUUCACUGUAGAGACGAAUGAGAACUUUGAAUAAGGUCAAGAUCCAAGAUUUGCUGCUUGUUACUGAUGAUGAAAAGUUAGAACUUCAUAAAUUCAGACACUGAUCCAUUCAAACCCGUCUCUGUGCAGCUGGUACUUGUUGCACUUUACGGGCUGAAACACUACGAGGUCAGAACGCUGAAGGUCAGAGGUCAGAAGUUUAUUGGUGCUUGAUAUGAAUAAAGGUUAUUUAAGUGUCUGCAGGGGAGUGAACCUUUCAUUCUGUGGCAGUUUGACGACAUUGAACAUGUGAACGUGCAAUAAACUGGCGUAUUCACAAUA